CGUUUCUCCACAUCGUUCGAUCAGUUGUUGAAGGAAAAUCGUGCAGCUAGCAGUGCAAAAAUCAAGGUGAAAAUCCGCAGCCAGAAAAAUAAAUUGCAUCACCCAACAGUGCACAAAUUGUGUGAAUCAGUGAAAGGUUUUAUUGUUCGGAAAAGGAAGUAAACACCCUUAAAAUGCCACGCCGAGGAAGGUCCGCAUCUCCCCCACCGGCCCAGCGCAGAUCGGCCCCCAUGGCUGCUGCCCCGGCUCCACGCCCCGCAGCACCGACACAACCGGCUGUGCAGCAUGCUCCACCGAGUGCGGUUGCUCCCCCGAUGGGCGCCCCCAGCCAAGGACCCGGUCUGAUGGCCCAAAUGGCAGCCACAGCCGGUGGAGUAGCGAUUGGGUCUGCCGUUGGUCACACCGUUGGACAUGCUCUGACCGGAAUGUUCAGUGGUUCGGAUUCGAAGGAAGCGGCCCCAGCUCAGCAGGCAAGCCCAGUACAGCAGUACGCUCCGGCCGCUGGUUCCGAGGCGCAAGCCCCGUCCGGCCCGUGCGCCUGGGAAAUCAAGCAGUUCCUGUCCUGCGCCCAGAACCAGUCCGAUCUGACGCUGUGCGAGGGAUUUAACGAGGCCCUCAGGCAGUGCAAAGUGCAGCAUCAUAUUUAAAUCGGACAUACACAACCGGGUGCGAUAGAUUUGUUACGGCUGGGAAGGAAUGGUUUGGCCCAUGAAGAUAAAGAAUGCGGAACGUUUUACAUUGUGGACGGAAAAUUCUAGUAGCCUGCCGGACGGCGGGAGUAGUUCUAUUGUCUAGUGUUGUUGAGUUGCUCAGUUCAAUAAAGCCUGUAAACCAAUUCAAUAUGGCCAAAUUGUGCUUUUCUGUAGACGCAUAGGUUCUUUAAAACAAUUUAAUACGUCGAACUACUACAACAUCUCUGUGGUAAUUUACCGUUAAGAAGAAAGAUUUUAUUUCUUAUAUAUUUAGUUUUAACAAUUUGAAUAAAAGAAUAGCUGAAGAGAAGGCAAACCAAA